UCUCGAAAAUAAAACUUUUAUUUUUUGCAACAACCUCUGCGAAUCGCAACCGGCAGACCAAGUCGGCCAGGCAUACCGCCGGUCCACCGGCCAGAAGCUCAGCUAUGAACGUCGCCCUCAUGUGCGCGGCGCGGCGAGCGCGUGAAGCCAGCGUGGCGGUCGGCGUCCCGCUCACCGAGCCGUUGCAGAUGCGAGGAGAGGGCGAGGCCUGGGUGGCGAUCGGCGUCCCGCUCCUCGAACCUCGCCCCCGGCGCAAACCUAGCCCUUACGAGCUGCCUCUAAUCAGGUGCUUCAUGAUCGUUGCAGGGAUUAUAUUUACAACUAUUAUCAUCAUGGGGGAAGGGCCACUCGCAACAAAAAUACUUGGUUUGUGCAUGCUUUGGGCUUUCAUGAUUGGAUUACUCUGGGCUACGUUUGAAGCAUGCAAUUUGCCGGAUGUAGACACAACCGAAUCCUAGUAUCUUUGCUCCACGACUGGUUUCUUGAA